AUGCCAGUAAGCAGCAAGACUGCGCUCUACACCGCUGCUCAACGUCGCCCGCUGCAGCAGCAGCUGCACCCGCGGUCGCAGCAACUGCAGCAGCAACUGCAGCAGCAACUGCAGCAGCAACUGCAGCAGCAACUGCAGCAGCAACUGCAGCAGCAACUGCAGCAGCAAUUUCAGCAGCAACUGCAGCAGCAGCAGCAACUGUAG